GCCCUCUUUGGCAAAAGUUGCCAUCUUGCAAUUACAAACAAAUAAAAAUGUAGCUGUUUUCUGCUUUAUAAAUUGUGUUUUUAAAACUCUACGAUGGAGAAAUUAUUAACAUCGGAGUGCGAAGAUGGUAUAAAUCUUGACUAUGUACGUUCUGUGUUUAUUCAAAUGAACGAUUUAAGAAAAGAAGGGGCUUUUUGUGAUGUUGUCAUUGAGUGUGACGAUGGACGGAGCUUUGAAGGCCACCGAAUCGUUCUUGCGUCUGCUAGUCCAUAUUUUCGAGCAAUGUUCUCACAUAACAUGCAAGAAUCGCAGCAGAAACUUGUCAAAAUACAACAAAUUGAGAGUCGAGUUAUGGAAGAACUCUUAAACUUUUCCUAUACUGGAAAGGCGAAGCUUGUUGCAAAGGAGCAUGAUUUUAUAGAGAGUUUAUUGCUUGCAUCUAACAUGCUGCAAUUUCAGCAAGUCGAGGACGCAUGUGUGAAGUUCAUUAGAGAACAUGUGACUGUAAAGAGUUUGUAUAAGUUUUGGCAGCUAGCGCAGGAGCAUCCUCAGAUUGCAUUAAAUAACGUCAUUAAUGAUUUUAUUGUCAAACAUUUUGCAAAAGUCGUUCAAACGCCAGGUAAUUGUGAAUCGCAGGUUUAGUACACUGAUUAGUCACCCUCUACCUUGUCUAAUCCAAAAAUUUGCAUUGCCAUUCUGGCACACACAUACCCCCUCCCCUGGAACAUGUUACAUCAUACUCCCCCACCCCCCUUUGCCAAUUAAAUGCUAAUGUACCCUACUGUAUCAUUUUACACAUUCAAAUACAAACUUAAUGCUAAAACAACCCAUUAUUUUUUGUAGCAUUUCUUCAGUUCAAUGCGAGUGAACUGAAAGCAUUUCUUGCUGAUGACAAUCUGAAUGUUAAUUCAGAAACUCAAGCAUUUGAAGCGCUCCUAAAAUGGAUCAGAUGCAAUAAAAUGGAAAGAUUACAGAAUGUCAAGUCACUUAUUUCUCAGAUCAGAUUACCUCUGCUACCAAAACAUUAUCUCACAGAGAAUGUCAUGAAUGAGGCAGUCCUAAAAUUUGAAGGUGAUGUCGUGUUAUUUAUAAAGAAAACUUGCUUAGCUUGCAAUAUCCCUUGCAAUUGUGGAAUAGCACUCUAUCCCACUGUGAACUGUGGGCCAUUGCAAGCAAUAUCACACACAUUUGGGUUCCAUGUGAUCUUGAUACGCGGAAAAGUACUGGCACUAGUUGUCAAAUAGAAAUCCAUUUUAUGAUUAAAACAACUGAAUAUUUCCUGUAAUAUACUUUAUUUUGAUUCCAUAUUUUUGUCAGAGCUAUAGUUCUCAUAAGCAAACAUAUUUACAAAAUUUCAACUAGUUUCAUAAAGAAUAACGAAAGAUAUAAUUGACUGAGUACAUCAAAAUGGAUUUCUAUUCGGACAACCCUUUCUGAACGCUGAUUGGCUAAAAUACGAACACGAGAUCACCUGGUUAACUAACUAUAUCUGACUGAUUCAGAUUUAUUUAUUUACUCAAUUUACUUAUUGAACUUUGCCAACACAAACGUACCGUACAUACAGACAUGACAUUACAACAGCAGAACAUGCAUGCACAUUGAAUCAAACAACAAAUGGUGGGGUCACCACAGCAGUAUAAACCAACUACAGUACUGUGGGCCCUUGUUAACAAAUAUAACAAACUAUAAAAUUCUAUGUAAAGGCCACAUUACACAAGGCAAUAUCUGCUGCAACCAACAGAUAAAAAUCUUAAAGGAUGAAGUGUUUCACCAUUAAACUGUUUCUGUAUCUUGACUCUUUUUCAUACCAUAUAUUUUAGAUUGUACUCAACUUUUCAAAGAUGCAUGUGAAUACCAGAACUACCCUGAGAGACGAUGUUUACUCCGUAGCAAGGAUAACACCCCACGUAAGAACACACAACGUUAUAUUUAUGUUAUUGGUGGUUACGACAGAGUCGAGGAACGCUUUCUUAACACAGUGGAUUGUUUCGAUACAAUUGCUGAGACGUGGCUGAAUGUUGCUCCCAUGACAACUGCUCGUAUACGACAUGGUGUAACAGUUCUUGAUGGGAUGAUAUAUGCAGUAGGUGGGCAAUGUGAUGACGAUGUCUCUGUGAGGACGGUCGAGAGAUAUGACCCUGUCGCUAACAAAUGGUAUGAUGUCACACCUAUGAAUGAGUGUAAAGGUAGGUCAAUUGAACUGGAAUCAAAUUUUUAACAACAAAGGCUUGUCAACUUACAUGUAUUGGCAUGUCAUUGUUCUGUUUUACACUAUGUGUGAGCAAACUUGGGCAAAGAAGCUCAUCUGAGAAUUUGUCUGUGAAUAAAUGCAGUAAACAGGUGGAUGAACUGUCAAGAUAACUAAAGAAGAAACUUGUAUGUGCAGUGAAUCUUGACAGAUUAUUCAUCUAAACAUGACAUUAGACAAACUAUAAAUGAAAAUAUAUCAUGAUUUGUUCCCAGAACCAUUUCCAGCAUAGAUUGUAAUAUUCUAGAUAGUUUGUCUGAAUAGUUUGUUUGGCAAAAUUAAGCAGCAUCAACUUAGCCAUGUAGCUCAGACAUUAGUGCAUAUAAAUGUUUUGGAAGUGCAAAGGUUGCUGGUUCAAUUCCCAGCUGUGGCCGCACAUACUCAUAAGCAGAUCAAAACACCGGUGCAUUUACUUGUAUAUAUGCUGUCGAGGACCGUUGAAACCAGAGUGAACUGAGAUAAAAUUUGGCUGGCUUUUGCUGAUAACUGAAGAAUGUCGGCUUAGCAAAAUGGGAUUUAAUAUAUUGGCAAUUUGAUAUUGACACUUGCAGAUAUUGCCCGGAGAGCAAAGCGGUUAUUUUCUUUGCUUAUCAUUUCCGUUUAGGUUACAUAGUUUUCGAUAUGGAUGUUGCCUCUUAUUAAUCCUAAUUUAUUUCAGGUCAGUUGGCAGUUGCAGUAUGUGAUGGUAAGAUCUACUGUAUUGGUGGUACAGAUGACUUACUCAAGGUCAGCCUUUGUAGUGUUGAAUGUUAUGACCCCGUCACUAACAUGUGGACAUCUCUUACCCCCAUGCCUACAGCCAGAGGUGCCCUCGGUGCAGCCACUUUGAAUGGUAAGAUAUAUGCGGUGGGAGGUGGGGACUUUCAUGUUGCCUUGGAUACUGUUGAAGUGUACGACCCUAAACUUGACUGCUGGUCAACAAUGCCCUCCAUGAACUAUGCGCGUGGGUGUCUCGGAUUAACGUGUGUGAACAACACUCUGUAUGUGUUUGGUGGGGCACAUAUGCACAACGGCAUGAUGACGUACCUGGAGGAGAGCAUUGAAUGUUUUGAUCCAAAGUUGAACCGAUGGUUAGUAAUCUCGGGUACAGAGGUUUCUUGUUGGGGCGUGGGGAUAUGUAGUGUCGCUUCGGUGGACGAUGCGGACCAUCCCGAGGAUCAGAGUGAACUCUUCAUAGUUGGAGGAAUUUAUGAGUUCACUGAAGGAGACAAGAUGUUGCGAGUCACGGUUACCGAGAGACAGAUUUUCUGUAAACCGUUUCACCAUGCCAAGGAUUUGAGUUGCCGAGUACAUACAGGGGCAGUCGCCUUGCAUUUAGCCCCUGGCUCAUGAAUGUGGAACUUUACAGUGGGUAUUGCGCAUCUUUGCAAGUAACCCUGUCCUAGAGACUGAUAUUUUGUACAUUGUUUCAUCAUGCCAAUGACUUAAGUUGUAGAGUACAUACAUGGGUGUUGCCUGACAUUUAGCCCCUGGUUCAUGACUGCUGUCACAGAGGAGAUACAUAUGUAUCUACUAUAUGCUGCUGUGCUCUUGAACUUGCAUGAGUCACUGUGUGUUUUGUAAGCUAUUCAUCAUGCGAAGGACUAAAGUUGUGGCUGUGUAUUUGCCCCUGGUUCAGGAGCAGUGUGAUGAAUUCCGUACACUUUUGCGUGAAUAUUUUGUGUGUCGUGGCCUAGUAAGCAUGUAUUUAGCCUCGAAGGCGUAUUUUACGUUGUCGGAACUGAGGAUUCACAAUAGACAGCGCAGAGAAUUGUCACACUUGAUGUUUUAUAUAAUUAUCUAUUAUUUCUCUGAGGAAAACGAACGGAAACGAAGUACACAAGACAAUGAGAUAGUGUCGGUUUAGAUUUGACUUCUUGCCGCUGCCAUUAACCAAUCAAUUGCGUUUAAUUUACUCAAUUGACCAAUCAGAUGCGUGCUAAGCCGGUGAGAGGUAGCGGUAGUGGAAGUGAAAUCUGAAUCUGUCUAGCGUUCAUAUACUUCAUCGGUCAAAUUUAAGAUGAUGCAGGCAAGCUGAAAAGUUUGUUUCCCCCUACGCCGGUCAAACAAAAUGUUCAACUUGCCUGGUGUGGGCACGCUCAGAAUACAUCAUCUUAAAUAUAACACAUGAAGAUUGAAGAAUGCACAAGAUCAUAUCUUAAUUUAAACAUUAACAAAAACAACCUGUCAGUGUUUAUAAAUUGUACAUAAUAAAUACUCGACUUGAUGUAAUUCUUGAUAUACGUUAAUACAUUCAUAUUUACGAAUAGUAUACGCUGAAAUGAAGUGAAUUUUGUAAAGAAAAAAUCGUGCAUAUAAAACUAUUAAUUCAUUUUUAAACUUUCGUGACUUUUUUUGCGAGAGGAAAUCAUGGCUAUUGUACGUGAAUGCUACGUUAUAUUAGUCUAUAAUUUACUGGAGUUUUGCUGAAGGCAAAGUCAAAGAAGUUUUUUUUUAAAGUUAUU